AUGGCACCAAGACGUGGAGGCGGCGUCUCCUUUGGCGACUCUGGUUCCUCGGAAUACACCGUUUCCGCGUGCUCGCAAUCGGGUUGGUGGGGUCUCUCGACCACGAUUACAAGUGCUAUUUUUCUAGCAGUAUAUCUCGGUAUCUCGAUAUGGCAUCUCGUCUUCAUGGUGAAGAGCAGGCAGGUCAAAGGCGUACCCAUGCUUCUGCGGUUCCGGUUUGCGGCGUGCUUGUUCUGCUUCUUUCUCUCCUCUCUCCUAGAAAGCAUCUACAGGGGCGCACAUGAAUGUGGCAACAUGACACUCUCUGAUUAUAUGACUGGAAUGAUUCCCGUCCGCAUAUUCCUUCAUCUCGCAUGGCUAUUUCUCAUAUUCGUCGUGCUCUUCCCCAUGUCCCGCGCGAUCCGAGUCACGCGCAGGAUGCUCAUUCCACAGCCGGGAGAAAACAAGAGCAAGCAGCACAAGAACAAGAACAUCGAGCGGGCGAUUCAGGGUAUAUUCCUUAGCCUCAUGAUCAUCGCCAUCACCAUCCACAUGUUCAUCCACGCCCUGAAUCAGACAGAAGCCCGCGAUUCCCUUGGAGAUUUCCACCGAUACCAACGGCGUCCGGGUGAGGAGGAGUCGUACGCGGCAUUCCCGUUCUUGCAAUUAUUCUCCAAUGUCAUUUUGUUGGGUGUUUCAAGGUCGAGGAUGGCUGGGUUGGUGCAUGUUACUGAUCUACGACUACAACGCAUCAAGUCCCGAUACAAUACCUUCAUGAUCAUCCUUCUCCUCCGCUCCAUUUUCAUUAUAAUUGACACGAUCGUUUUCGACCUUGCCGAUACUCAAUCCGCCAUCGGGGUAUACCUUGUGCUACUUAUUCAGAAAUGCUUCGAUGCGCUCCUCUUAGUUUAUAUCGUCCUGCUGACGAAGUCCGUGCGGACUUUGGGAGACCCAAGAGCUGCAUAGAGUAUUCCAGCUCUUGCUCCUGCAUCAACAGCUCAGACACAAGCUUUG